UUUUAAAAAAAGAAGAAUAAUUUUUGUUUUCACCUACUCUUUCGUAUUCUUCUUACUCCAUAUUACAUCGAAGCCUAUCUCUUCAUCACAUUCAAAAGUUUUGUUAUUUGUGUCGAAACAAACAUCAAUACCUCUCAAUAUCAUUUCAUCCCCUUCACGGGGUUGAUUUGAUAUCUGAUCUGAUAAAGCACAUUUUCUUCACCAACACCUAGAGAACUCUCAAGAAGCAAAAGGUGACAUGAUGUUCAAGCAAGGUGGCGCGGACAUUGAGUCCGGCCACAAAGGUGGUGGUGGUGGGCAAAUAUACCCAGGAAUGAUGGAAGAUCCACAAAUGAGAUGGGCAUUUAUCAGAAAAGUUUAUGCCAUUGUAUGCACACAACUCUUCGUCACCGCCAUCAUCGCCGCCGCCAUGUUCUUCACUCCGGCAGUCAAAGAAUACAUGAAAACCAUUGUUGGCAAAGUCACCUUAAUUGUUCUUAUUAUCAUCGCUUUUAUACUUAUGUUCUUCAUGAGUAAAUAUGGGAAAAAACAUCCAUGGAACUAUGUUCUUAUGGGAGUGUUUACCUUGUGUCUGGCAUGUGUUGUUGGAGCAGCCUGCGCAUUUAAAAAAGGGGAAACUAUCUUAAUUGCUGCUGGGCUAACAGUUCUUAUAACUGUUAGCCUUACCUUUUACACAUUUUGGGCUGCAAAAAGAGGCAAAGACUUCACCUUUCUUGGCCCAUUUUUGUUUUGUGCCUCUAUAGUCCUCUUAAUGUUUCUUCUAAUGCGGUUUAUUCUCCAUCUAGGAAAAGAAGCACAAGUGAUAUAUAGUUGUCUCGCAGCAUUACUAUUCUCAGCAUAUCUCGUGUACGAUACAAAUAAUUUAAUCAGGAACUUCUCGUACGAUGAAUAUGUCAUUGCAGCAAUCUGCCUUUUCGGAGACAUCGUUGGCCUCUUCUUAGCUCUUCUUGGCCUCUCUGGUGAUUGAAUAUUAACACUCCAAUUUACUUGGAAAAAAGUUGUUUAACAGAGUGUGUGUACUAAUAAUUUUGUUGAAUAGAGUUUCUGUUUUUAUUAUUAGUGAACUGAUAUGUUUCCUAGUUUUGUGAAUGUUUACAAGCCAAGAGGCCAAAAGGAAAACACCCAAAAAAAAUGUCUGGGUUUUUUCGGGCUAAAUUCUUGGACAAUGCAUAUGUUUUAUUAGAGGAAACUACAUAAAUAAUUUGAUGAAA